GUGUGAAAAGUUGCAACAUUGCAACUUUGACGUUUCUUUCGCAUGCGUAUUGUAGAGAGCCCACGUCGAUAGGAUCAGCUGAUCGAGGGCGAAACCUUUCAUUCCCUUUAUACACAUCCAUUCGGACAGCCGAAAGAAAAUUAUCACUUACAAAUUUUGCACAAGAUUCAUCAUUUCUGAGUUGCAGAUUUACGAAAUGACAACAAAAUUAGAUAUUGUGAAUAUAAUAGAAAAUGAUGAUGUGCUAAACUUGUUUUUGCACCCAAAACCCAAAAGUGAAUUAUUGAAGAGUCUAACAAUUGCGGAACAAGUCGCAAAAUUGAGCAAUGGAAUUGACAUAAUCACUAAAGAAUUACAGAAACAGGUCUUGUCUCGACAUGAUGAUCUCAUUCGUCAGGCUACCCACGCAAAUAACUUGGAGAUCAUUUUAAGCAAUAUGAACGUGCAUAUGCAGAAUUUAUUAACAAAUGCGGAACGUCUAAAGAUUCAAAUCGUUUCCCCUUUUAAGGCAUUGCACAUGCAUACUACUGUGCUAUCGCGUCUACAUCUAGCUAGCCAUAUAUUGAGGCAAGUGAAUCGUAUUCAGCAAUCUAGUAGACGCCUCUGUAAUAUUGCGGAUCCUAUACAGAAAGCAACAAUUUUGCAGGAACUGGAGCAACUAACGGCCGAUCCACUACUAAUGGACAUUGAUGCUGUUAUAUCAGAAUUACGAAAUAUUAGAGCACAGCAACAGAAUGUUGUUAAAAUUGCCAAAACAUCGUUAAAUCAAGGUAUAAUUAAUGGUAAUGUUACACAAACCACAAGUGCUUUACAGAUUUUUAUUAACUUAGGAACUAUUCAAUCGGCCAUGGAGAGUUUUAUAGACGUCUGUUUGGACGAGUGUAAGGAAUGCUUAAAAUUGACAUUGGGUGGGAAAGUGGGAAUGUCAACAGACAUAUCGAAAAAACAGAUUGGCCCCGGUCGAGCCAACAUGUCUUCAUCCCAAGGUUUCAAAAGUAGAAUAUGGACAGAUUUAGAAAAAACAUUCUCCGAUGAGAUUUACCUACAGUGCAAACAGAUGAAAUUUUUACAAGAAAGGCUCGACUGCUUGAAUUUGUAUGACGGUCACACUGUAGCAUCAACUUUUUGGGAUCGAUUAUGUAAUUAUAUCAUUGAAGAGAUGAAUAAUUCAGGAGCUGCCGUACGGCAGUUGCUAGAAGUGGAUUAUCCGAAACUGUUGAAAUUGUACAAUGAUAUGAUAUUAAAACUCAACUACAAUCAUUUCGGCUUUAAAAAGAAUAUCCUGGGAAAGUGGGAAAAUGGUUACCUAUCGAACACAUUAAAUAAACUUCUCGAUGCGACACAAUCCAUGUUUACUCAAGAAAAUUCGGUACCUUCGCACGACCAAAUUGACUUGCUGAUACGUAACAUUACAAAUGACUUGAGUGUUGCAUUGGUUGAAGAAUGCCUAAAUGAGAAGAUAGGAAAAAAUGUAGCAAAGUGUAUUCGCAUGUUCGCUGUCAAAACAGAACAACAACUUAUUACAGGAUCAGAUGCUAUACAAGUUAUUGGUGGUACGCCCAGUAGCUCACAGUUGCGCAACAUUGAACGAGCAAACGCAAUGUACUAUCUCCGUGUCCAAGUAGAGAGAUUGGUAAUUAAUAUGAAAGAAAGUUUAUCUUUGAAUACUAUAGCAAUUAUCAGCGAAAGUUUAUCAAGCUUAGAUAACUUAACUGCAGGAAUUAUACAACCAUUAACAGAAUCAAUUAAUGCUACAAUUGAAACCAUUAUAAUCACUCUACAUUUGGAACAAGAUUGGGUUAAGUUGCAAUCGCCUGCUACAAGAAGUAAUAUACCCUGCAGUCCAUAUAUGCGCGAAUUAACACAAUUCAUCUUCAGAGUCAAUAGCACUUAUUUGAAUUUGUUUGAGAACAAGGAUGUGUUAGCCUUAAAGUGCAAUGAUAUUGUGCUACGUUGCAUUGAUUUACUUGUGCGUCAUACGUCUUUACUUCGUCCAAUUUCCCACGGUGGACGAAUGCGUCUACAAGUGGAUUACAUUCAUUUGGAGAAUGCGUUAAAGGUAUUAUAUCCAUAUUUAGCAGAUAUGGGUCGACCAUACAGGUUACUUAAGUCAAUGGCCACCCUUAUAACUUUGACACCUGCUGAAAUAAUAAAAAAACAAAUCUCAGGAAGUUCUGUACCUCACAGUACAGUACUACUACUUCUUUUUUCUUUUGCUGGAAAUGAUUUGGCCAGUCCACAUCAAAAUGCUGCGUGGAGUCUUUCCCAAUUGUCAUCUUGGCUUGACGAGCACUUGGCAGAAUCUGACCGCUUGGAUUUAAUAGCAGGGGCACUUCAAAGAUAUGAAAAUGAUAUAAGGUUAAAAAAUUUACGCACAUAUGAUCCGGUAUACCCCAUUAUAAAGGAAUUAUUUGAGCAUGCUAUUACAGAACGUAGUUCGUAAAUAUUAUACAAAUGUCAAAUACUUACACUGUCAAACUGAAUAAUUUUUUCCCUCUGUAGUUAAAUAAUUGGGCUCGUUCAUAAGACACAACAGUUACCGAUAUCACAGAUACAUAUUGUAUGUGUAUAUAUCUGUGCCGAUAUGCUACGAGGUACCUUUUGACAUUUGUAGCGCUCUUAGACUAUAUAGUAGGUACAUGGACUGCUAAUUGCAACUAAAAUACGGUCAAGGACAUCGCCUGGGUAUUUGAGUUUCAGGGUAAACGAGUCUGUCCAAAAUUGUCCAAUGAGACACGAUUUGAGACUGUCAAUCUAUAAAUUAACAACGUCAAUUAAUUAAUCGUCUAGAUAUUGCAAAAAAUGCAAAUCCAUUCUUAUUUGUGGACCUGAGAUUCACAUACCCACGACUACACAGUGCCCUCUAUCCGUAACCACCCAUUUUGAAUUGAAAGCAUAGGACUAAUAGCGGUUGAUGUACUAUAUGGUCCAAGGUAGCACUACCAAAAAUGGCCAACUGCUCUGUAAAGUGCGUAAAAGUCUCGGUAAAAGUAGAAUUAUAAGACGUAUCGUUAACUGUUCCACAACAGUUGUCUUAUGAACGCACCCAUUUUAGGUGCUAGGUGAUUAUAGUGAUUGUACUCUUCACUGUAAGGAAGGAAUUUGAUCAGUAUUAAGCGUGUUUGUAACUCGGAGCAAGAAAUAAAGAUAUGGAGGCCUGCGCUAUAAUAACGCGAA